CCUGCACUCACAGCUGCACUACGGCACUCCAUUCACAAGGAAGCCAAGGAAUCCUCCUGAAUUUCACUGGAGCCUUUUCAUGUCUUCAGAAGUAGAAAGCAAAAUAGUUUUUGUAGAAAAGAAGGGGGAUAAAUACUGGAAUUGUGCAGAGAGAGAGAGGGGGUGAGAGUGGACACAGCGCAGAAGAGAUCGCAUGGAAAUGAACAGGGAAGUAUCGUUUGUUUCUUCUGCAAAUCUUCUAUUAAUUCAACUUGAAAGCUGUCACCCCAAGCUGUAAGGUUUAGAGACGGCUGCUGCAGACAUGAGCCAUUCCACAGUGUCUGUCCUGCUGCUACUGGGAAUCUCCUCUGUGCCCACUGCUGCUUUUCCUUCCAAAAAAAAACACAUUCUUCUUUCAAAACUUUUUUUUUUUCCCUCGAUCACCACCGGCAGAGGAAAUCCCUUCCUCCCCCCCUCUCGCUCUCUUUCACUUGCACUCUCUCUCUCUCUCUCUCUCUCUCUCUCUUACUAUUAUUUGGAAGAUUUUCAAAAAAAAGUGGAAGUGGAUUUUGAUUGGGAAAAAUCUCGUGUCUGAAUGUUUACAAGCACCGCGUGUGCACUGCCUCCUGCCAACAACUGAGCACAGGAAAAGCAACAUCAUCUCCAGGAAAAAAAGAAACACACACACACUGUCACUCUCACACUCUCACAAACACUCUCUCACACUGUCACACACUGUCACUCUCACACACACACACACAAAAAGCUCUGAAGAGGCAGCUCAGUCGUGAAACAAUUCAACGUGUCUGUCACUUUGUGACUCACAAAAAGGUUGGAGAGGGUUCUCGAAGCAAGUUGGGGUGCGGAGCACUUAUUCGCCGUUUCGUGUAAAAAAAUAACAACGUGUGAACAUGAAGGGCAGAAUGAUCUCGAUCAGAUGUGAAAAGGUUCCAGACUGAUUCAUGUCAUCUAUAUAUCCACAUUGUCAUUCAUGGAUUGUGGAUUAAACAUCUGCUUAUUUACAUUUUUUUCGUGUUGUCACUAAUCAUGGAUUCCCCAUGGUGCAUUUCCCUCACUCCAUAAACCUAUUUGACCCCUUCAGCUGACCCUGUGGAAGCCAUUCUCACAGACGAAGAACCAGACCUCAGCACAUUGGGCGCUGGAGAAGGGGACCAUGAUCUCCUUACUUGUGGCCAGUGUCAGAUGAACUUCCCAUUGGGGGACAUUCUUAAUUUUAUUGAGCACAAACGGAAACAAUGCAAUGGCAGCCUUUGCUUAGAGAAGCCUGGGGAUAAGCCACCCUCUCCCACACCAAGUGAACUCAAGAAAUCAGCCAAUCCUGUGGAAGUUGGUAUCCAGGUCACGCCGGAGGAUGAAGAUUGUUUGUCAACGUCGUCCAGAGGAAUUUGUCCAAAACAGGAAAAUGCAGCAGAUAAAGAUGAGCCCAGCAGCUACACCUGUACAACGUGUAAACAGCCAUUCUGUAGUGCCUGGUUUCUCUUGCAACAUGCCCAGAACAGCCAUGGCUUCAGAAUCUACCUGGAAAGUGAACAUGGCAGCCCACUUACACCCAGGGUAGGCAUUCCAUCAGGACUGGGUGCAGAAUGUCCUUCACAACCACCACUCCAUGGGAUUCAUAUUGCAGACAAUAUUCCCUUUAACCUACUGAGAAUCCCUGGAUCUGUGUCAAGAGAGGCGUCUGGUCUUACAGAGGGUCGUUUCCCACCAACACCCCCUUUAUUUAGCCCCCCUCCAAGGCAUCAUUUGGAUCCUCACCGUAUAGAACGAUUAGGUGCAGAAGAAAUGGCCCUUGCAACACAUCACCCGAGUGCCUUUGACAGGGUGCUGCGACUUAACUCCCUGGCAAUGGAGCCACCAGCUAUGGAUUUUUCCAGGAGACUUAGAGAAUUAGCUGGAAACACUUCCAGUCCUCCUUUGUCACCAAAUCGGCCCAGCCCUAUGCAAAGGUUAAUGCAGCCAUUCCCGUCAGGCAACAAAUCACCAUUUUUGGCAACACCGCCUCUUGAGUCAGUUCCUCCUCCUUCUCAACCUCCUGCCAAAUCCAAGUCCUGUGAGUUUUGUGGAAAAACAUUUAAAUUUCAGAGCAAUCUAGUAGUACAUCGCAGAAGUCACACUGGAGAAAAACCAUACAAAUGCCACCUGUGUGAUCAUGCGUGUACGCAAGCCAGUAAACUGAAACGACAUAUGAAAACACACAUUCAUAAAUCUUCCCCUAUGACCAUUAAAUCAGAUGAUGGUCUUUCCACCGCCAGUUCUCCUGAACCAGGAACCAGUGACUUACUGGGCAGUGCAAGUAGUGUUCUAAAGUCUGUGGUAGCCAAAUUUAAAAGUGAAAAUGAUGCAAAUAUGAUUCCUGUGAAUGGCGACGAAGAAGAAGAGGAGGAUGAGGAGGAGGAAGAAGAAGAGGAGGAGGAAGAGGAGGAGGAAGAAGAAGAGGAGGAAGACUUGACAGAAACAGACAGUAGGCCUGAUUAUAGUUUUGGCCUUAACCUCGAGGCAGCUCGUCACCAUGAAAAUAACUCCAGAUCCAUCGAGGAGAGGUCUAUGCCUGAAGUCAUUCAAAGGAUGGGUCUUGGUGGAAUGCAUCAUUUUAGUGAUGCUUUUCAUCAGAUAUUGGUGGAAAAGCAUAAAAGAGGGAAUUUAUCUGAACCAGAAGUGCAAAGGGACACUUGCGAUGAAGAUUCAGUAGCAGGAGAAUCUGAUCAUAUUGAAAGUGGCACAGUCAAUGGGAGGGGGUGUUCACCGGGGGAAUCAAGACGCUUAUCCAAAAAAUUACUUCUUGGAAGCCCAAGCUCUUUUAGUCAUUUUUCUAAACGCAUAAAACUUGAGAAGGAGCUUGAUCUACCUGCGUCAGCUAUGUCUAACACAGAAAAUGUUUACUCCCAAUGGCUUGCUGGCUAUGCCGCUUCGAGGCAGCUAAAAGAUCCAUUCCUAACUUUUGGAGACUCCAGACAAUCGCCUUUUGCCUCCUCCUCAGAACAUUCAUCUGAAAAUGGCAGUUUACGCUUCUCCACACCUCCAGGAGAAAUGGAUGGAGGAAUAUCAGGCCGCAGCGGUACGGGAAGUGGUGGAAGCACUCCUCAUAUUAGCGGCCCAGGGCCUGGAAGGCCCAGUUCAAAAGAGGCCAAGCGCAGUGAUACUUGUGAGUACUGUGGAAAAAUCUUCAAGAACUGUAGUAACCUCACUGUUCACAAGAGAAGCCACACGGGUGAAAGGCCGUAUAAGUGUGAGCUUUGUAACUACGCCUGCGCGCAGAGUAGCAAACUUACCCGGCACAUGAAAACACAUGGUCAGAUGGGAAAGGACGUUUACAAAUGUGAAAUUUGUCAGAUGCCUUUUAGCGUGUACAGUACCCUGGAGAAACACAUGAAAAAAUGGCACAGUGAUCGAGUGUUGAAUAAUGAUAUAAAAACUGAAUAGAGGUAUAUUGAUAACUCCCCCUGUAGAUCUUUUCUAGUCCCUUGUGAUAAAAGAAAUGAAAGCUAAGGAUACAAGACAGUGCUUUUUGUUUUUUACUACUUUCUUUUAUUCUUGUUGUUCUCACCGUUUGAAUGCAUGUUCUUUUUUGGGGCAAUACCCUUGCAUUUUACACAAACUUUGAGCCUUUCUCUUGUGCAAUAAUUUACAUGUUGUGUAUGUUGUUUUUUUUUAAUUUUUAAAUUUUUUUUAUAGACAGCAUGUAUGAUAUGUUAUCGCUAAUUUCAAUUGUCCCUGAGUUAGUUCACAAAGCAGAAUUGUUUUGCUGUUUUCCAGUUCCAUUCAGAGAAGUGACCAUGCUGCACAAUUUGUCUAAUUCAUAUCAUGUACAGUUUUGUUUUGUGCACAGGGAACGGCUUUUCAAACCUCUGGGGACUGGGAAUCCUAGUGCUGCAAAAUGCCAGAGGAGCUUCAUCAUCUUCAUGCUAGGGAUUACCCGUAGGGGUUAGGGAUUACCCGUAGGGGUUAGGGAUUACCCGUAGUGGUUAGGGAUUACCCGUAGGGGUUAGGGAUUACCCGUAGUGGUUAGGGAUUACCCGUAGGGGUUAGGGAUUACCCAUAGGGGUUAGGGAUUACCCGUAGUGGUUAGGGAUUACCCGUACUGGUUAGGGAUUACCCGUCGGGGUUAGAACACAAAAAACCAUGAUAAAAAAGGCCUUGAAGUCAAGAAAAUAAUAAGUGAAUUUGUACUAUCAUUUGGAGAAAAUCAGAGUAUCUGAGUGCCUUCAUUCUAGUUGAAACCAUAUAAAUGGUUCUUCUUAUGUGUCAAUGAGCUUGCAGCUUAAUUCCACAUUAAAAUAAAUAGGACUCCAUGGUAUAAUA